AUGGAGAUACUAGUUUCUUUUUAUUCAGUAGGAAGAACGCCAUGGGUUUGGGGUGAAGAUUGUUUGGAGUUUAAGCCAGAGAGAUGGAUAACUGAAAAUGGGAAGCUAAUUGAUCCAACAUCCAGAUUUGUGCCGUUUAACAUUGGUGCGAGAAGUUGUUUAGGUAGAGAUGCAGCUUUUACACAGAUGAAGUCUGUUGUUGCAGCUGUGUUAUUCAACUUCCAUGUUGAGGUGGUAAAAGGUCAUCAUAUUUGCCCUCAACAGGGGACAACCCUUUAUAUGAAAAAUGGAUUGCAAAUGAACAUUAAGAAAAGGACAGCUUAG